AUGGCCGCCAAGCAAGCUGCAGAGAAGUUCAUCUCCGAGCACGCAAUUGCUAUCUUUAGCAAGUCGUACUGCCCGUACUGUGCGCGCGCCAAGGGCGUCAUCUCUUCGCUGAAGAUUGACCAGUCCAAGGUCGGCGUCCUGGAGCUCGACGAGAACCAGGAUGGCUCGAGCAUCCAGGGCUACCUGGGUGAGAAGACCGGCCAGCGCACUGUGCCGAACAUCUUCAUCUCUGGCAAGCACCUCGGUGGCUGCGACGACCUGCUCAAGGCGCAGUCGAGCGGUGAGCUCGAGAAGCUCGUCGCCUCGCUCUAA